AUGUCCUCCUCCCCUUCUCUCUUCUGUUGUCGAACGGCAUCGUCAUCGUCAAAGUCAAAAUCAUCUUUCCCCAUUAAAGCGUCAAAAUGCUCCGUCCAGGCGGUGUUUAGGAGUAGGAGUAGGAGUACUACUCACACCACGAGGAGGAGUCAAAACAGGAACCAGGCGGUGUGUAGUAGCAGUAGUAAUAGUAAUAACACUCACACCACGACGAGGAUGCAAAACACGAGGAAUACGAGGAGUCGGAAUGCCCCGAGAGGAGAAGAGUUUUUAGGAGGUGGAUUUUUGAGUCACUUGGAGGAAGAGUUCGCGUCGAUCGACCGGGAGCUUCUCAACGCUCGAAAAAGGAUGACGAUGUUCGAAGAAGAAGGAGGAGGAAGAGGAAACGACGCUCGCGAGGAUUUGGGACCAUCUCUUCCGAGCAACAGAACGGUCGAAAAGAAGAGAGAGAUUCGGAAAGAACGUCGCGGUGAAAACUCGUACAGUAACUUCCACUAUGUGGAAUCGGUGACGACGUACGGAGGGCCCCCGCCGGGGCUUUCCGGUGCGAGGACGGGAAGCGUUCUGCAGAACGGGUACGCGCUCGUCGGUUUCGCCUUCGUUUUGUGCGGGACGACUUUCGCGUAUUUUAAAGAGAAGAAAAUGUUCGCGCGAAACUUCUCGCUUACGAAUUUCAAGGAGGAAGAGAAGGAAAAGCUCGCGCUCCGAUGGCCUAUCUUGUAUCUGUUCUCGGAGACUUUUCGAAGAGAGUUUCGAAAGACACGAGUUUCGAAAAAGGAGGAGGAUUUGGAGAAGUAA